UGACAGAUUCUCAGAAUACUUUCAUCUGUGUAUCGUAUGGCUGUGAUCGUUUAAGAAAAUGUUAUACGUACAAUCAAACUUCAAAGUGCAAUCAAAAUUUAUUGUCUAAUGUCUUUUCAUACUCAGUACAUACCUCUGUUUUGAAAAAUAUUAUUAAAUAAUUAAUAUAAGUUAAAAAAAAUACAUUAGUGGUUACGUGGUACUAUAUAAGAAAUAUACCCUGAAACCGUGCACGGCUGUCUAAUCUUGUAACGACAAUAAAAAAAUUGAAAUGUGAUUAAUUUACUGAAUCCAGAUGGUUUUAAUAAAGACGUUAUAAAAUGCGUGUUUCUCUAAUGUACAAAUAUUAAUUGUAGUGGAUCUAAAUAGAGACAAAACAAUGUUAGUCUGUUAAAUUUAAAUAUAAAUCUAUAUAUAAUAUAUAAAUCUUUUUGUGAAACCAGAUUAUGGCGAGGAAUGAAAAAACAUUAAAUUACGUUGUGUAAAAGUGAAGUCCUUAGCGUAAAAAAUAAAAUCAUAGAAAAGAUGGAUUGGAUAAUAUCUGAUGAGUUAGGUCUCACUGUGGGGCACCUUGUGGGUUGGGGAGCAGCUGGGGCUAUGAUAAUUGGAGGCAUAGCUCCAUAUAUACCGCAAUAUAGACAAAUACAAAAGACACAAGAUGCAGAAGGAUUUUCAUUGUAUGUUUGUUUAACACUUCUAAUAGCUAAUACUUUGAGGAUUUUAUUCUGGUUUGGAAAACGAUAUGAAAUACCACUUUUAUUACAAAGUAUUGUAAUGAACGUUACAAUGUUUAUUAUGAUUCAUCUAUGUGUAAAUGUGCGCAAGAAAAACCAGAUCAUUCGAGCUCGUGAGAGAAUAUUUACAGGCACAAUAUUCAUGUUAUAUAUACUAUUGUGUUGUAUAAAUGGGUCAGCUCAACCUGAUGAAACAGCCCGAUGGUUAGGACAGCAAAGUGGUGUCACAGGAGGUGAGAAGCCCCGUCGCUUCUAUGAUAUGGAUCGAAAAUACUUCUGGGCAUGGACUGACUUUCAGAGUUAUGUAGACUGUAUGCUAGUAUUCUCAGUAUUGGGGGCAGCUAUAACUUAUUUAUUAAUUGAAGUUUCACCAUUUGUAGAAUUUAUUGGCUUCCUAGCUGUAUUUACAGAAGCUAUGCUUGGUGCGCCACAAAUUUUCAAAAAUCACCAAAACAAAAGCACCGAGGGAAUGAGUGUGAGUAUGGUAAUAAUGUGGACCUGUGGUGAUAUAUUCAAGACGGCUUACUAUGUGAUAAGAGAAGCACCAACACAGUUCUGGGUGUGCGGCAGCCUUCAAGUUACCUUGGAUGUUGUAAUAUUGUUGCAAGUGUGGUGGUAUCGACAUAAUACAGCAGCGGCUCGACGCUUGCGUCGCGGGGACUAGCAAUGGACGGAAACAGACUUAUAGCACUCGCUCAACGCCUUCAGGGUCUAUUGGCCGCCGCUUUGCAAUAUCUUCCAUCCCUUAUGACCAGUAGACACCUAAACAUACAAAAAUGCUGCUUAAAAUUGUAUCUUUUAUUGCGGUUUUAACAUUAUAUAGCAUAUUUAUCUGUAUAAUGCAUGGCCAUGAUGGUUAACCAACCGGUCUGGUAGUGUAUUUACUUUAAAAGGUUUAGACAUUGUUGAUUUUUUAUUACAACUAAACUCACAGAAUUAAAAUAGUUUUGCGGAACUUGUAAUAUUUGAAUUAAAUAGUUAUGAAUAGAUCGAUUUUGAGCAGCUUCUAUGUUUUAGGAGACGUUUCUGUGUAUACACAACAGGAUCAAAGAAUUGACAUUAUUUCGUAAGGGAAGUGACAAUGAUAUUGACAUUCGCAUGACACAUGACCAACAUAGUAUUGAGCGAUUAUCGUGUACGUGCCAAAAAUGCUUAAGUGCCUCUAUUAUGACUACUAAAAAUGUGCAAAAAAUUAAUCAAAAUAAAAAAAAUCGCUAUGAGCUUUUUAUAGCAGGACUGAUUGAAUUUUCCUAUUUAAAGCGUCGACCAGUAACGUAAUUGCUGUAAUGUUUCGUGUUGAUAAAAAAAUAUUUUAUAUAUCAUUCCAGGGAAAACAAUUGCCAAAUGCUUGAUUGUGAUUGGUCUAUAGUAUGUAAAGAGAAAUCUGCAAGGCGUACAUUUUUUCUUACUGACAUUUUAGACCAAUUAAUCAAGUAUGCAAACUUACCGAGUAACUUUAAUAGAGAUCUCGCGGUUUCCUUGGAGAAAAAUAAUUGGGAAUUUUCUCGUUAGAUGACGACAUAAAGGUAGUUUAAACUGAUUUAAAGCACUUUAGAUUUAUAUAUAUAAACCAUAUGUUUUAUGUAUUUGAGAUCUUCAGGUGCUAGAAUUAUCUUGUAUCCCGUGUUAUAUGUAUAGAGUAAUUGCAAAAUUUCUAUCACUUGUUACGAAUAAUAUUGCUUCAAUGGGAGCAUUUUGAACGUGUAUUAUUAUUUUAAGCCAUUUGAUAAUCUGUUGUAUUAGAAAAAUGUGUACAUUUUAUAUGACAUAAUAUCAUUCAUCAUGUCAAACGUUAAAUAAUUGAACGAAUAAAGUUAACGUUAUGUUAAGAAAUUUAAAUGCAAAUAACCAUAAUUGUAUGGUGCUACUAUUAGUAAACGCAAAAGGCUAUUUUAUUUUAUUAUGUUUAUGUUAGUAUUUAGGGAAUUUAUGAAGUUUUUAUAAAUAAUUUUUAAUCUAUGAAUGUUUAGUAUUUAUGUAUUUGUAUAUUAUGUAAAUAUAAUAUAGAGCUCUUACUAAUAAUCAAAUUUAUAGGGAAGUCUUUAAAAAUUUGACUGCACAACUUUAGAUGAAUUAUAUUAACCAGCAACACAAUUAUAUGAGAUAUUGUAGUUUAAAUCUUAAUAUAAUUUUAAAUGGCUUGAUAUCCUGAAACAGCAAGUUCCAACGUACAGAGUUCCAUUACUCAUUUAUUUGACGUUUAAUUUAAAAAAAAUGCUGCUAGUAAAAUAUGUCAAUAGUUUAGUAUGGAAAUUCAUUGCCAUAUAUCGCUCAUGAAAGUUUUUAUCAUACGAAUUGACAUUAACUUGUGUCGAAUCCGUUCUUAUUUUUUCUUACCAAGUCGUUGAUCGUUUUUAUAUGUUGUUAGUCAUGAAGUUAAUAGUAAAUUGUGCAAUGAAACUGUCUGUAUCAGUAUUUUUGUUGUAUUCAAGAAUUAAAUAGUCAUUUUGUAUGCACCUACCAUAGAUUGCAAAUUAGUACAAUUGCCAUAUCUAGUAUUAACUAUACUACUGUUCUCUGAAAUAAUAUACUAACCAAGUCAUUUCUAAUGAAAAAUACCGUUUGUUAGAAACCCAUUUUCAUUAAAAAGCACGUUGUUAGUUAUGACCCAGUAUAAUAUGUUUUUGACAAGUACCAAACGCUUUUUCUUCCUUGACUUUGUUAAACGUUAACGUAUAAUGCGUCCGUUAAGUGUUUAUGAAAUCUUACAGGUGGCGGUUACAAUACUAGUAAUUUGCAUCUAUUUGGCAGGUAAGAGUUUCGACUAUUGUACUGUUGGUAUAGAUACUACGGAAUAUAUUUGACUUAAUCACUAUUAUGACAGAUUUUUCAUACAAACAAACGCAGACGUUAACGUUGAUAGUAUAAAAAGCUCAGAUUAUCUUCCUGCUUCAUUAGUUGAUUAUUUUUGUAAGCGUCGCAUUUAUCGGGAAUAACUAAUUUUACAAUCAGUUUGUACAUAACAGUCAUUUAUUAUAUAUAAAAUUUAUCUAAUUUUUAAUACUUUUAAUGGAGCGUCAAAAAUAAAUAUUGAUGUAUGUUGUGACAUAUGGCGAACGAAUCAACAUUGGCCAUAGAGUAAUAAUAAUUAUUGAAAUCAGUGAAAUUAUUUUUUAUCUAAAUCCCUAAGGGGCUUGAAUCAUACAAAUUGACGAUUUUCAAACAAAUUAUUUUGGCGUUAGUGUCACGCCUGUCGAAAAGUGAUUUUGCCUCCCAAGGUCUUGUAAUAAAAUGUAAAAUAAAUUCAGUUUUUAAAUCUGUCAAAUUUAUUUAUAUGAGAUUAGUUGACAGAAGUCUGCACUAGAUUGUCUUUUAGGUUUGAAAUUUUGCCGUGUUACGUAUUUAAAACAAAAUUUUACAAAAGUACAAGGAGAUGAAACAAAUAAAUUUGUUUUAAUAAUCGAAACAUAGAAAUACCUGUUUGUCUUUUAGAUGGGUCAAAUAGAAUAGCAGAAAAAAAUAGACGCAAAAUCUUUCGUAUGAGUUGUAUAAAGUCGCUUUUAUAAAAAAUAUGUGAACGAAAUAUUGAGAGAAUAUUGGUACAUAUCAUUUAUGUACAAAAUGGUAUUUAUUAAACGAUUUAUAAAUUCAAUUGUCAUUCAAUUAAUAAUGAUUUUAGGAUUAAGAAACGUACAGCUGUUGUGAUUUUAGAUGUUAACUUUUCUUAAUAAAGUUGUUUGUUUAGAG